UCGCUCACCAUCGUACAGUGGUUCAGUACGCUACCCGUCGCCGAACCAGUCGCACCAGUAUCAGACCAGUCUUAUCGUCCGGCCCCCAUACAAUACGCAAGCGCAAACGUGUACACAGAGCAAGUGGUUCGAUCGUAUAUGCGAGUUGUUUCUCUGUUCCUCACUUGGCGUUGCGUUGAAGUCACUCUUAGCAAUUUUGCUAGAUCGUUUUUUUUUCCUUUUUCGCGUGUGAAUUUUACACCUCCAGCAAAAUGACCGACAAAGUAAAACUCACCAUCCGCCAGUGCAUCCGUUUCGGUGCCAUUACGAUAGUGCUGUUUGCAUUGCUUACCGUUGCACCCUGCAGCGCCCGUCCCGCCAUCGAAGGGGACGAGUCGGUAAGUGGCGAGGCUGACGGUAAAAUUGUCAAUCAGAGUGCUAACAUCAACCUGCCACGGUCGAGCAUACUGGACAACAUAUUCAACAUCCCGAUCCAAACGCUGAAGGCCGUUAACGAUCUGGUGCAGAGCAUUGCCGGAAAUUUGCAGCAAGCCGGUUCCGGCACCUAUUUCCGGGCACGGUCCGGCAACGUGCGCAACAUAAACGUCAACGUGGACGACGACGAGAACGAAACCGGGAAGAAGCCGAAAGCGGACGAGAAGAACUAAAAACUUACUUCCCAUUCGUUGCGUUUGAUUUGCAUUUUGCUGCAAAGUCGCUAAUUGCAUUGCCACUAGUAUAGAUGAUGGCGGAAUAAGCACAAACACACAAUAGCAACAAAAAAUAACAACCAUCGAUGCUAAUGGGGUAUGCGCAAGAAGUUGCGGCGGCAUAUGUUUGGCUAUGGAUUUUCUGCAAGCUGGGGCCUGAUUGCACGCGUAAUUGUUAUUAUUACCGGCGUAAUUGUAAAUACUGUAAAGUUCUGUGAUCGAUCGCGAGGGUUUUUUUUCAUUCUUCCAUAGGCGGACAAGCGUUUGUGCGUGUAAAUUCACUUCUCGAUUUAUUCACUUCUGUGAAACGGGUUUUGUGUGUUGCUGUAUUUGCAACCAACGGAUGGUGGUAGGAUGAUUUGAAAGAAAAUGGUUUGUUUGUUGAAAAAUAAAACAAAAACCCACCAUCUCAUCUUAA